CACCUUUGCGUUGAGCUUUUGCUCGACCAAUCACAUAGCAUUUAUCACUCAGCUGAUUCAGAUGGUUCGUCCGCCGCCGCCGGUUUAGUUGCAAGAGGCUGACUGCAGUCGCUGAUACUUGUGUGCCACUUUUCAUUCACUAUGGCCACGCGCGUUCGACCGAGUAAUAAACGGUGUGCAGUCAUCGGGGGGUCUGGUUUCCUGGGCAGACACUUGGUGGAGAAGCUGUUGGAUCGAGGCUACUCUGUUUCUGUGUUUGACAUCCGUCAGAGCUACGAGCUACCUGGUGUCACAUUCCACCAGGGAGACCUCUGCGACAAGCAGGCUCUGCUGCCAGCUAUGAAGGAUGUGUCCCUGGUCUUCCACUGCGCAUCCCCAGCCCCUGCCAGUGAUGACCGCAGGCUAUUUGAGAGGGUCAACAUUCAGGGCACACGCACCGUCAUUCAGGCCUGCAUCGAGGCUGGAGUACAGAAACUGGUUCUGACGAGCAGUGCCAGUGUGGUGUUUGAAGGGACAGAUAUUAAGAAUGGGAGUGAGGAUCUACCAUACGCCAAGAAGCCCAUCGACUAUUACACAGAGACCAAGAUUGAGCAAGAAAAGCUGGUCCUCGAGGCUUAUGACAAGGAGAAGGGUUUCCUCACAGUUGCCAUCCGGCCUCAUGGCAUAUUUGGCCCUCGGGACCCACAGUUGGUUCCUAUCCUAGUGGACACCGCUCGCAGGGGCAAGAUGAAGUUCAUCAUUGGUGACGGGACCAAUCUGGUGGAUUUCACCUUUGUGGAGAAUGUAGUUCAUGGCCACAUCCUGGCUGCUGAACGCUUGAGGCUGGACUCUCCCAUAUGUGGAAAACCAUACCACAUCACCAAUGACGAGCCAGUUAGAUUCUGGGACUUCAUGUCUGAGGUGUUGGUGGGUCUGGGAUAUGCUGCUCCUCGCUACCACCUCCCCUACGCUCUUGUGUACGGACUGGCCCUGCUCCUCUGGCUGCUGGCCCUAAUUCUACGCCCUCUAGUGUCCUUUAAACCCACCUUUACACCAAUGAGAGUGGCACUGGCUGGAACCCACCACUACUACAGCUGCGAGCGCGCCAAGCAGGACCUGGGCUACAAACCGGUAGUCAGUCUGAAGGAUGGGGUAGCACGCACAGUGCAGAGCUACCCUCACCUCAGACAAGGGGCUUGAUGGUAGAAUGAAGCAGACUGUUGAGUCAUGUAUGGCUGUACAGUUAGUCACUGAGAAUAAGCUGAUCACAUCACACUGAAUGGACAAUUCAAAAUGAUGGAACAGACUGUUUAUCUUUAUCCAAACCUCACCAUGUGUAGCAUUUGUGUGCCUUUUUCAAUGUGUAUGGCCCGUCUUCACCAGCAGAUGGCAGCAAACAAGGUCUUGGUCUUGGUCAACACACUGCAGUCUUUCCAACGUUUUUAAAGCACAACAUGAAUAUAUAUCUUACACUCUGAAAACUGCAAAUACUUACAAAUACUCUUGUUUUAGGCCUUUCACGAUAAUCAAAUGCCGCAAAUAUAAUAAACCUUUCAAAGAUCAAUGACAUUUUAGUUCUUAAGAAUUGGGAAGAUCUCCUUGGGAAUUGGGCUUUGAAAAAAAGUCUUAAAUAUUCUAAAUGUAAUCAAAUACCACACAACCAUAACAAUGAAUAUAAGUGACUCCUGGGCUGUUAGUAAAAUUGCACUGAAAAUAAAUAUUUAACCUUUGACAUGGGUAUAUAGUCAUUUAUUCUUUAACCGACGAUAUACUGCCAAAGUUUCUCAAGGGUCAGGACCUUUUUGUUUAAAAAUAAAUGCAGUGUAACAACAUUAUCUGUACAUUUUAUAAGUGACAACAACCACAAAACUCCUAUCAUUCAGAUUAAACCCAAAAAUGAUCCCACACCGUGGAUGUGGAAGAUAAUGAGGUCCACAUGUUGUACGAUAAGUCGAUUACAUCAUUAUUGUGACGGGCCUGUUCUUGUUCUAGUCUCACAUGUUUCAGUUGUGUGCUGUACAAAGAUUGAGAUGCUGCUGUGUAUAUGUCAAAAGGCCUUAAUACAUUCCACUAAACCAUGAUUAUCCCAAUACAACUUGCAUGAAAAUAAUUAACUUGCACUACAUUACCAGAUGCAUGAGGACAGGGAUGAGUACCUUUAGGUUCCUUUGUUUGAAGUUAAACUCCAUACAGAGAUAAUUUACAAUAGUGUGCGGUGAGCUUGUGGCAACACUUUGGGAUUGGCCCUGUCUUGUUUUAACAGAACCUUGCACAACACCACUUGCAUUAAGAAAUAGUUUCCUGGGCUUUCUUUUAAGAACGUGACUGGCCUGCACAAACCCUGGCCUCAUCCUCUCCAACACCCGUAGGAUGAAUAAGAAUGGCGACUGCGAGGUGGGCCUUUCCUCGAACAGUGGAACCAUUUUUUCAAGUCUGUCCUAAAACUAUACAUACCUGCAUGCACGUUAAAACAGUUUACUGGCCAUGAAAAGAUCCCUUCCUAAUGUGUGCAAGGAAUAGGGGACAAAUCCAGUCUUAAUGAUGUACAAAAAUGCAUUUCAAAGUUCAGCGAAGGAAAAUAUGAGACAAAUAAAUGGGUACCUUCCAAAUUUA